CAAAUGGCGGCUUCUAUGCAACUAAAUGUCAAGCCAUUGAAGCCCGCGUUUUAUCUUAAAUCAGCAUCCAAACACUCCCCCAAGCUGCCCCAGAGAGUCCGCUGCUCGGCCGCCGCCGCUUCCACCAGACGCUACAGCAUCAGUCUUCUCCCCGGCGAUGGCAUCGGCCCCGAAGUCAUUUCCGUCGCCAAGAACGUCCUCAAGCUUGCUGGCUCCCUCGAAGGAAUUGAAUUUCGGUUUCAAGAGAUGCCUAUGGGAGGAUCAGCCUUAGAUUUGGUUGGAGUUCCACUACCAGAUGAGACUCUAUCAGCAGCCAAGCAAUCUGAUGCCGUUCUUCUUGGAGCAAUCGGGGGUUAUAAAUGGGAUAAUAAUCUAAAGCAUUUGAAGCCGGAAACUGGGUUGCUUAAACUUCGAGAAGGUCUUAAAGUCUUUGCAAAUUUGAGACCGGCAACUGUUUUACCACAGUUAGUGGACUCUUCAACAUUGAAGAAGGAGGUUGCUGAAGGUGUUGACAUUAUGGUUGUACGGGAGCUGACUGGAGGUAUUUAUUUUGGAAAGCCAAGGGGAUUUGGCACCAAUGAAAAUGGUGAUGAGAUUGGCUUUAAUACAGAGGUUUAUGCUGCCUAUGAGGUGGAUCGUAUUGCUCGUAUUGCAUUUGAGACUGCUAGGAAGAGAAGUGGGAAACUAUGCUCUGUUGAUAAAGCAAAUGUCUUAGAGGCAUCGAUGUUUUGGAGGAAAAGAGUCAUAGAGAUAGCCUCGGAGUAUCCUGAUGUUGAGCUCUCACACAUGUAUGUUGACAAUGCUGCAAUGCAACUUGUUCGCAAUCCAAAACAGUUUGAUACAAUUGUGACCAACAACAUAUUUGGCGACAUUUUAUCUGAUGAAGCUUCAAUGAUUACUGGAAGUAUAGGGAUGCUUCCUUCUGCUAGUCUUGGUGAAUCGGGACCUGGACUUUUUGAGCCAAUACAUGGUUCUGCUCCUGAUAUUGCUGGACAGGAUAAGGCAAACCCAUUGGCAACUAUACUUAGUGCUGCUAUGCUAUUGAAGUAUGGCUUGGGUGAAGAAAAUGCUGCAAAGAGAAUUGAGAAUGCAGUUUUGCAUACCCUAAAUAAGGGCUUCCGAACGGGUGAUAUAUACUCAGCUGGAAAUAAAUUAGUAGGAUGCAAGGAGAUAGGUGAAGAGGUAUUGAAAUCGGUAGAGACUCCAGUUCCUGCUGCUGUUUGAAUUGACACCACAAGGAGUUUCUACCUUCUGUCAUUUUUCUGUCGUUUCAGAGGAUCUAUGGCCUUGAAGGCCGGGGCAACUAGCAGAAAAACACCAUAUUUUCUGCCUCAUAAUUUGUCACAUCCUUGCGGCAAUUAGGAUCUCGAGUAUUUAUUAUUUAUGUUGAAUGUGAUUAGGAUCUUAUUCUUGUAACUUUAUUUGUUCAUUAGUCUUUUGGUUCCUGGUGUUGUAUCUCACUCAUCAUUCUGAAACCUUAUUUAACAGGAGAUUGUGUGACAUGGAAAUGAUUGUUUAAUUGA